UUUCCAUCCCCAUGCUCGCCGUCUGACCGCCGUUCAAGUAGAAGUCUAUUCCUCGGCGGGCAAGAGAGAUGCCGCGGAGGGUGGCUCCCGAUUCCUAUUCGGCCGCCGGCGGCGACGCGGAGCGGCAGGACCUCCACCAGCUCUCCUCGGCGAUCUGCAACGGCGAGGACCUGGGCCCCUUCGUCCGCAAGGCGUUCGCCUCCGGCCGGCCGGAGUCCCUCCUCCAAUCCCUCCGCCACUACGCCCGCUCCAAAGAAUCCGAGAUCGAGGAGGUCUGCAAGGCCCACUACCAGGACUUCAUCCGCGCCGUCGAUGACCUCCGCUCCCUCCUCUCCGACGUGGACUCCCUCAAAUCCGCCCUCUCCGACUCCAACACCGCCCUCCAGUCCGCCGCCGGCCCACUCCUCUCCUUCCUCGAUGCUUAUUUAGAAGCACGCGCCGUCGCUCGCAACCUCUCCGCCGCCCUCGCCGCCGCCCGCCUCUGCGUCCGCGUCCUCGAGCUCCUUGCCCGCGCCAACGACCACCUCGCCUCCGACGACCUCUACCUUGCUCUCCGCUCCAUCGACGCCGUCGAGCGCGACUUCCUCGAUGCCGCCCCUCACCCCACCCUCCGCCGCAUGCUCCUCCGCCUCAUCCCCGCCGUCCGCUCCCACGCCGAGCGCAAGAUCGCCAAGGAAUUCUCCGAUUGGAUGGUCCAGAUCCGCGUCGCCAGCCGCCACCUCGGUCAGGUCGCCAUCGGCCGCGCCUCCGCCGCCCGCCAGCGCGAGGAGGAGCUCCGCAUCAGGCAGCGCCAGGCCGAGGAGCAGUCCCGUCUCUCCCUCCGCGACGCCAACUCCUCAUCCAUCUACUCCCUCGAAGAAGACGAUGACUCCGACGACCUUACCGCCGCUAUCGCUGCCGCAAGGGGCGGCGGCGGCAGCGGCGCCGCUGUCGAUGCCAUUUUAGGUUUCGAUCUCACCCCGCUCUACCGCGCCUACCACAUCCACCAAACCCUUGGCCUUCAAGAUCGAUUCAAGCAGUACUACUUCGAGAACCGCAAGCUCCAGCUCACUUCUGACUUUCAAGUCUCCUCCAUGACCCCAUUUCUCGAAUCACACCAGACCUUCUUCGCCCAGAUCGCCGGAUUCUUCAUCGUCGAGGACCGGAUCCUGCGAACUGGCGGCGGAUUGAUCUCCCGGUCCGAUGUCGAUGCUCUCUGGGAGACCGCCAUCGCCAAGAUGGUCUCCGUCCUCGAGGAUCAGUUCUCCCGGAUGCAGACCGCCAACCACUUGUUAUUGAUCAAAGAUUAUGUGAGCCUCCUCGGUGUUACUCUCCGGCGAUACGGCUACACCGUCGAUCCGCUCCUCGACGUUCUGGCGAAGCACCGGGACAAGUACCACGACCUCCUACUAUCCGACUGCCGCCGCCAGGUGUCCGAGGCCCUCGCGGCUGACAAGUUCGAGCAGAUGCUCAUGAAAAAGGAGUACGAGUACUCGAUGAACGUGCUGUCAUUCCAGAUUCAGACCUCCGACAUCACCCCUGCGUUCCCUUAUGUCGCGCCAUUCUCAUCCACUGUCCCUGACCUCUGUCGAAUCGUCCGGUCGUUCAUUGAGGACUCGGUCAGCUUCAUGUCACACGGUGGCCAGCUUGAUUUCUACCCCAUUGUCAAGAAGUAUCUCGAUCGCCUCCUUGGGGAGGUCGUCGAUGGUGCCAUCCUGCGCCUUGUUGAGGCUGGAGGCCUCGGUGUGUCCCAGGCCAUGCAAGUAGCUGCCAACAUGCCUGUGAUGGAGCGGGCCUGUGACUUCUUCUUCCGCCAUGCUGCACAGCUCUCUGGCAUCCCCCUCCGCAUUGCCGAGAGGGGCAGGAGGGAGUUCCCAUUGAAGAAGUCUCGGGAUGCGGCCGAGGAGCUUUUGCUGCGCUUGCUUGAGGCCAAGCUUGAUGAUUUUAUGAUCUUGACCGACACUGUGAGCUGGAUGGCUGACGACCCGCCUCCAAAUGGGAAUGAGUAUGCGAAUGAGGUAAUUAUAUACCUUGAGACUUUGGUCUCCACCGCACAGCAGAUACUGCCCAUCCCAGUCCUCCGGCGGGUGCUUUGUGGGGUCCUCGCCCAGGUAUCUGAAAAGAUCGUGGGGCUUUUCCUUAGUGAUUCAGUCAAGAGGUUUAAUGCAAAUGCUGUGACAGGAAUAGAUGCUGACUUGAGGCUUUUUGAAUCAUUUGCUGAUAACCAAUCCCAUUUGUUUGGAGAUACUGAGGACUUGGGUGCAAACGAACUGAAAAUGCCUUUAUUGGAAGCAAGGCAACUGGUUAAUUUGCUCAUGAGCAACCACCCAGAGAAUUUUCUGAACCCAGUGAUCCGGGAGAAGAGUUACAAUAAGCUGGACUACAAGAAGGUAGCCACAAUAUCUGAGAAGUUCAGAGAUUCAUCAGAUAGGCUGUUCUCAACCUUUGGUACAAGGGGUUCGAAACAGAACCCAAAGAAGAAAUCAUUGGAUGCCUUGAUAAAGAGGCUCAAGGAUGUGAGCUGAAGCAGCGGCUUCAUUAUAAUUGUAGGUUGAUGGCUGAAAUCAGAUUGCUCAUCUUUGCCUCUCAUCUUUAGACAUGAAGGCUGGCGGAUAAAAAAAGAUUAUGGUAAAAGACAUGCCUAAUAACAAUGUCCAUGCAUCUGAAUUGUUUAAAUCAUUCUGUAUGACCUUUGUUGUUGGUCUCUUUUGUCAUUGCAGUUGAUCCUUUCAGUGAACCAAAACAGAUUCUGAGCCCUUGUUUGAACCGUAUGAGUUCUGAUUCGACGUUCCAAUCCUUCUACCCUUCUAAGGAGUUGAAUCCAACAAUAUCCAAGGUCCAAUAUAAUUUUUUUCAGGUCCUCAAAAAAUAAUCAAAAACAAAACCUGAUGAGGGGGAGAUUGUUAUCUGGGUGGAAGAAGAGGAGCUUGGUGGUGUAGGAGGGAAGGUUUAAAAAAGCAGUCUAGGGGAACACGAGUACACAGGCCCGUGAUGCAUGUUUAGAAGCAGAGUUUAAAAUGAUUUGAAGUGAGAAAGAGUUGUAGUACAAUAUUUAUAGAUUAGUGUAGAUGGUUUUCAAUCCCAUGAAGUAACUUUAAAACUUAUGCAAAAUUUUCUUUCGAAAACUAUUUCCAUCUGAAGACAAAUUUGACAGCCCCAAAGACGCCAACCCGCACCUUUUAACAUUACGAUGGAUCAUUAUACAGUUUAGUAGUCAUGGUUAUGUUGUAACAUUUUAAGGAGCUGAUAUAUGGCUAAUUGUCUAAGAACUUCGUAUAUAUGAGUAUAUUUAUGUAUUAUACUGGCCAUUUUUAGCAGUUGUUAUAGAAUACAAUGGUUUAUAGAGGCGA